GCUCUCCCUGUCAACUCGACUACUUUUUGUUCUACUUUUCCUAAUCAUGUCUGAUCUAUUACGCAAAACUUUUAGCAGAGCAAAGCGUCAAAAUCGUCCCGCUUUUGUCGCCUUUACUACUGCAGGCUUCCCUUCUCCUGCUGAAACUGUCGAUAUCCUUCUUGGUUUAGAGAGAGGUGGUGCCGAUGUCAUUGAACUUGGUAUCCCUUUCACCGAUCCAUUGGCCGAUGGUCCCACCAUUCAAUAUGCAAACACUGAAUCGCUCAAGUACAAUACUGAUAUCCCCAUGUGCUUGGACAUGGUUAAGACGGCUCGUUCAAAGGGUCUUAAGGUGCCCAUCGUCUUCAUGGGCUACUAUAACCCAGUUCUUGCAUAUGGCGAAGAAAAGAUCGUUCAAGACUGCAAGGAUGCUGGUGUGAAUGGCUAUAUUCUCGUUGAUCUUCCUCCGGAAGAAUCUGCAAAGUUCCGUGGCAUUUGCUCCAAGCACGGACUUUCUUACGUGCCAUUGAUUGCACCCUCCACUACCGAGCAACGUAUUCAACUUCUGGCCAACAUCGCCGAUUCCUUCAUCUACGUUGUUUCCAAGAUGGGUGUCACUGGCUCAUCCUCUGAGGUCAACACCAACCUUCCUUCUAUGAUUGCACGUAUCCGCAAGUAUACCGAUGCCCCCUUGGCUGUUGGAUUUGGUGUUACCACUCGCGACCAUUUUACAACCGUUGGUGAACACGCUGAUGGUGUUGUCAUUGGAUCCAAGAUCAUCACUCUUCUGAGAGAAGCUGCACCUGGUACUGGAGCACAGCUUGUUCAACAAUACGCUGCAGAGGUUAGCGGUCGCAAGGACAUCGAAUUGGACACUGUUGUUGAUGAUACGACCGAUGCUCCUGAAAUCACCGACAUUGCUGGUAAGGGUAUUGUAGUGCCCACGGAAGAUACUGCCAACGGAUUUUAUGCUAUGCCCACUCGCUAUGGUGAAUUUGGCGGUGCUUAUGUCCCAGAGUCUUUGGUCGACUGUCUCACCCAGCUUGAGAAAGCUUAUAUCGAGGCUAAGCACGAUCCCGAGUUCAUCAAGGAAUUUGAAUCGUACUAUGACUAUAUUUCAAGACCUUCUCAACUUCAACUCGCUGCUCGACUUACAGAAGACGCUGGCGGUGCUAGAAUCUGGCUCAAGCGUGAAGAUCUCAACCACACUGGUUCACACAAGAUCAACAAUGCCGUUGGACAAAUUUUGCUCGCCAAGCGCAUUGGUAAGAAGCGUAUCAUUGCUGAGACGGGUGCUGGACAACACGGUGUGGCCACUGCCACCGUUUGUGCUAAAUUUGGUUUGGAGUGCACUGUCUAUAUGGGAGCUGAGGAUUGCCGUCGUCAAGCUUUGAACGUUUUCCGUAUGAAGAUGUUGGGUGCCACCGUCGUUCCUGUUGAAGCUGGAUCUCGUACCUUGAAGGAUGCUAUCAACGAAGCCAUGAGAGACUGGGUCACCAACGAGUCCACCACACAUUAUCUUGUCGGUUCCGCCAUCGGACCCCACCCCUUCCCCAUGAUUGUCCGAGACUUCCAAUCUGUCAUUGGUCAAGAAUCUAAACUCCAAAUGCAGGAAAAGGCUGGCAAAUUGCCUGAUGCCAUUGUCGCUUGCGUUGGUGGUGGCUCUAACUCCAUUGGUCUCUUCCACCCUUACAUCGAAGACAAGAAUGUUCGUAUCGUUGGUGUUGAAGCAGGUGGUUCUGGUGUGGAUACUGAACACCACUCGGCUACUCUUACUAUUGGUACCCCUGGUGUCUUGCACGGAACCCGUACUUAUCUUCUCCAGGAUAGCAAGGGCCAGAUUCUCGAAACCCACUCUGUCAGUGCUGGACUUGAUUACCCCGGUGUCGGACCUGAACACGCUUGGUUGAAGGAUAGCGGUCGUGCUGAAUACGUUGUUGCUGAUGAUACUCAAGCUCUCAUUGGUUUCCGUAUGCUUACUCAACUCGAAGGUAUCAUUCCUGCUUUGGAAUCUGCACAUGCUAUCUACGCUGCACACAAGCUUGCCAGUGAGCUUCCUAAGGAUCAGGAUGUCCUUGUCUGUCUUUCUGGCAGAGGUGAUAAGGAUAUGCACACUGUGGUCGAGGUGCUACCUACCAUUGGACCCAAGAUUGGCUGGGAUCUCCGAUUCUAAGUUUUAAGUGUCCUUGGACAAUGACUUCAUCACUGGAUGCUUAAAUUUUUCUUGUCGCACUUCAUACAUACACAACACCCCCCCAUUCCAAUUUCACACACCCUAUCACAUACACUCGCCACCCCCAACCCUUUAUCCAACAGUAGAACCGAGAAGAAAAGAAUGAGACAUACUUCAAACUCUUUUAUUGUAUUACUAGAAAUAUAAAAAAAUAUGUGCCUGUACAGAAAACAAAAAAUACAUAGCUGAGAUCAUUCGUUUCAGUUGGUUCGUCAAGACAGUGAAGAUCACUUGUUACUAAACCCACGGUGUCUGUCAGCUGUUUCUAUUCAUGCGAGUAUCUUUGAGCCUUCACUACACUUGAAAGCCCGUUAAUGUCAGG